AUGGGACGCAAAGAUUCGUUUUACACUUUUGGUAUAGCCAUCUUCGCAGCAAUCGGGACGUUCUUCUUCGGCUUCGAUACUGGUAUCGCCACGACGACAAUUGCCCAUCAGUCAUGGAUUGAAUACAUGGGCCAUCCAUCGAAUGGUAUGACUGGAGCAGUUGUCGCUGUCUACAUCGCUGGAGAGGCUGUGGGAGCCUUCAUGCAAACCUUUCUCGGUGACAGACUGGGCAGGAUCCGGUUCAUGCAAUUGAUGUGCAUAAUCGUCACGAUAGGAGUCGUCAUCCAGACAGCUGCUGUCAAUAUGGGAAUGUUCUUAGCUGGCCGAGCCCUGGCCGGAAUAGCUGUGGGUGGCAUGGUGGGCACAGUGCCCAUCUACCUCAGCGAAAUAUCAGCUCCGCACCAUCGAGGACUCAUCGGAGGAAUUUCUGGCUGCGGUAUUUCCUUUGGCACCAUGACCAGCAACUGGGUGGGAUUUGCUUGUAGCUAUGCGCCUUAUGGAGCCAUGCAAUGGAGACUCCCGCUGGGUAUACAGAUUCCUUGGGGCAUCAUUCUCUUCUUUGGCCUUGCGACCUUCAUGCCAGACUCUCCUCGACAGCUGAUCCGAACUGGCAAAACCGACAAGGCACGAAGCGAGUUCGUCAAGAUUCGGAGAGACCUCGACCUCGAUGAAGCGCAAGAAGAGUUCGCUCUCAUGCGGGCCCAGAUCGAAUUCGAGAUGGAGCGGGAGCUCACCGACUACAAACAAAUCUUCAAGCUCUUCCGACAUCGCGCUCUGGUGUCCAUUGCUGUGCAGACAAUGACUUCAUUGACUGGAGUCAAUGUGAUCCAGUACUACCAGACUAUCCUUUACCGAUCUUUGGGAAUCGAAGCUCAUACUAUCCUGGCAUUGGCUGGAGUGUAUGGGACCUGCGCCUUCCUCUCGAACGUGCUGACCACGAAGUAUUUGACUGAUCAGUGGGGACGUCGAAAAAUGAUACUGGCUGGUCUGUCUGGUAUCAUCGUCAUCGAGAUCUAUGCAGCAGUUAUGCAACGACAGUUCCAGAACACAGAUAACAGAGUCGGAAAAGGUUUCGCGGUGCUUGGUAUUUACUUGUUCGUGGUCUGGUACUAUGGCAUGCUGAACUCCACCACAUGGCUCUACGGCGCGGAAGUAUUACCGAUGGCGCUGCGAAGCAAAGUCAUGGGCCUGGCAGCUGCUUCACAUUUCAUAGUCAAUGUUGGAGUCACGGAAGCUGGUCCCAGCGCGUUCGCGAAUAUACAUGAGAACUACUACUAUGUCUUCGUGGCAUGUACUCUGUUCUUCUUGAUCAUCGCCUAUUUCUACUUCCCUGAAACUCGGCACAAGACGUUGGAAGAAAUUGCCGCUGCUUUUGGUGAUCGGGUUGUCAGCUUGAGCGACAGCGAUUUGAUUAGAGAUCAAGGUAUUUCCAAAGCCGGUAGUGACCACAAGGAUAUCGAAGUGGGAAAGUAG